AAUGUACUACUGAAGACAACAUGAAGAUAAGAAAAAUAAUUGAAAUUCUGAACUGGCACAGCUGGAAAUAAAACUUACUUUGAAUGCUUGGGGUUGAUGUAGGAUAGAUACAAGUAAAAAAAAUGGAAGUACAGCAGCUACAGGAAGUCAUCUUUACAACAGCAGCUCCUAACAAUAACCAUGUUUCUUACAGGGAAAACCUCAUUGGAACGCUGCUUGCCAUAUUUGGACAUUUUGUUAUCAGUAUUGCACUCAACUUACAGAAAUAUAGCCAUGUUCGACUGGCUGGUUUGAAAGAUCUUCGUUCCUACUUCAAGACAAAGACGUGGUGGUUUGGUCUAUUUUUGAUGAUACUUGGAGAGAUUAUGGUGUUUUCGUCCUAUGCCUUUGCACCUCUCUCUCUUAUUGUGCCACUUAGCGCAGUCUCUCUCAUAGCCAGCUCACUCAUAGGUAUUAUAUUUAUUAAGGAGAAAUGGAAACCAAAGGAAUUCUUUAGUUGUGGUUUAACUAUCAUCGGUAUCUACUUGUUGGUCACAUUUGGGCCAAACAGUCAUGAGAGGAUGACCGGAGACGUUAUCGUCAAGCAUUUAGUUAGCUGGCCUUUUUUGGUCUACACGCUGGUGGAGAUUUUAGCUUUCUGUAGCUUAUUAUACUUCUACAAACAGAAGAAUGCCAAUUACAUGAUUGUUAUCUUGCUACUUGUAGCAAUCUUAGGCUCAACUACAGUGGUGGCUGUAAAGGCGGUAGCUGGUAUGAUCAUUGUUUCAAUACAAGGUACCAUGCAGUUAGGAUACCCUAUCUUCUACGUCAUGGUCGUGUGUAUGGUGGCUACAGCGAUUGCACAAGCAUCGUAUCUGAGCCACGCAUCCCAGCUUUAUGACUCUGCUUUGAUUGCAAGUGUCAACUACAUCCUAUCCACAAGUAUAGCUAUUUGUGCAGGUGCGAUAUUUUAUGUGGACUUCCACGGAGAAGAUGUGCUUCACUUGUGUAUGUUUUCUUUGGGAUGCAUUCUUGCCUUCCUGGGGGCCUUCCUUAUUACAAGGAACCGAAAGAAAAAGAAAACAUUUGAACCCUACGUUACAAUGAGUUCAUUGCAAGCAGGAGUACAAUCAAUGCAUGACAAUGGCAGUGCUGUUCAGCCAGAUUUUGGUUCCUUUUCCUAUGGUGCCCUGCAGAAUGACAGCAUGUCUGAAAUCUACACACCAGCUACCCUGCCUAUUGUUACUGAAGACGCAUCUCCUGCACCUCCUUACAAGACACAGGAUCACAAUAAGACUGAAUAGGGGCAUAUGCCUCUGCUAGUAAUGACUUGAAUGUGAGACUUUCCUGAGAUGCAGUUAUUCUCCAUGUCCCUAAAACAGAGUUACAGCUUCCAUUUCUAAUUGUCACUGUUUCAAACUAAUUUAACCUGUUUGGAAAAACAAUGAGGAGAGGAGCAAGGAUUGCAGUUCAGCCACAAGUCACUCUUUCUUAGGAAUACAGUCUGUUAAAUCAGAGCAGUCCUUAUACAAGAGACACAAAACUUUAUAGAGUUGGAUGGGUUGGCAACAUGCAAGGUGACAAUUUGCACUAGACUUGGGAAAGAUUUCAUUUAUAGGCAAUGACUGCUACUUGCCUUACAUCAGGUGGUUGCUUAAGGCACAUUACCAAUGAAACAGCUCUAACAGGAUGGGCUAGUUAGUACUAACUUAUUUGUAUAGUCUUCAAAUUAUAUAGUCUUUGGAACUCAAACCAGGCCUCUGUUAUUUUGGUGAAUAAGUGGAGAAUAAACUGGAAGGGAAGGGACUGUGCUGCUGAUUAACUCCAGAGGACGGCUUUAAGAACGAGAAAGACUGAGGACUGCUCUUCAAACUCAUUAACUCCGUUACCAAAGAGUUAAAUAUUGUGUUGCCGUGUGAUAUCUUGCUGGCUAUUACCAUUUCAGUUUUCAAGACUGUAAAGCAUUUUGGUAAUUCGAUGUAAGAAGUGGACCAACACUUUGUUUUUAAUUGGCAUGGAAGCGAAUAUUUGACAUUGUGCCUAAAUAAUUUCAGACUGUUGUUAGCAAAUACAGAUCUUUUGUGUUUCUAUUACUAA